AUGUUUGGAGUCAUACGCGCAAGGCCAGGAAGCACAACAAGAUGUUAUUUUCAAACUUGUCACGCACGGCGAGCAUUAUCAUCACAGGCUGUUGCAGCUGCUAUACCCCAGCCUGCGAUACCGACAGACCAAUACAAGACACAAUUGACUGAUACCUUCACGUCUUCGUCCUCCACAAAUUUGCCCCCAGCAGCUCGUGCAGUGUCAAAACCGUCACCAAAUACCUCAUUCCUCGGCAAAACAGGAGGUCAAAUAUUUCAUGAGAUGAUGAUUCACCACGGUGUCAAACAUAUUUUUGGCUACCCCGGCGGCGCAAUUCUCCCGGUCUUCGACGCGAUCUACAAAUCCAAAGAAUUUGACUUCAUCUUGCCUCGCCACGAACAAGGAGCAGGUCAUAUGGCGCAAGGAUACUCUCGAGUCACUGGAAAGCCAGGUGUUGUUCUGGUUACGUCUGGACCGGGUGCAACCAAUCUGAUCACUCCCAUGAUGGACGCGUUGGCGGACGGGACCCCAAUGAUUGUGUUUUGUGGACAGGUCAAAACAGGACUGAUCGGAUUGGAUGCUUUCCAAGAAGCAGAUAUCUUGUCUAUGUCCCGACCAUGCACGAAAUGGAACAUUAGUGUUCGAAGCCCGGCAGAGCUCCCGAAACGGAUAAAUGAGGCCUUUGAAAUUGCGACAAGUGGACGCCCAGGGCCGGUUCUGGUGGAGCUUCCCCAAGACGUCACGGCUGGAAAGCUGCAAGAGAAUCUCCCUCUUUCACCGGUCUUGCCAAGGCACCUAGGAACAGCUAGGACAGCUAUAAACCAGGUCAAAAAAGACGAGUUGAUGCGUGCAAUCAAUGAAGUUGCACGACUGGUCAAUGUGGCUAGAAGGCCUGUUUUGUAUGUAGGCCAAGGUAUCCUUGCAACACCCGAGGGCCCCCGGCUGCUGAAGGAAUUUGCUGAAAAGGCAAGUAUACCUGUGACAACUAGCCUCCAAGGUCUUGGGGCCUUUGACGAAGAAGACCCCAAAGCAUUGCAUAUGUUGGGACUCCACGGGUCUGGAUAUGCUAAUAUGGCAAUUCAAAGGGCCGACUUGAUUAUUGCCUUGGGCUCAAGGUUCGAUGAUCGAGUGACCGGAAAUAUUGCUAAGUUCGCACCAGAAGCCAAAUUGGCCGCUGAACAGGGUCGUGGUGGAAUUGUUCACUUUGAUAUUUCGCCGAAGAAUAUCAACAAAGUUGUGGAAGCCACAGUGCCCGUGGUGGGUGAUUGUGCAGUGAACCUAAGGCUUCUUCUUCCACACAUCCAGUCAGCACAGCGCCCGGAAUGGCUCUCACAAAUUCAAGAAUGGAAGGCAAAGUAUCCAUUCCAAGCCUACAACCGCAGCGGCCGCAAUGAUCAAAUUCUACCCCAGAGGUUCAUUGAACGGCUUUGCCAAGCAGUGACUCCGAUCAAGGAUCGAACGAUCAUUACAACCGGUGUUGGACAACACCAGAUGUGGGCAGCUCAACACUUUCGCUGGAGAUACCCUCGGACAAUGGUGACAUCGGGGGGACUGGGGACAAUGGGCUACGGGCUCCCCGCCGCGAUAGGAGCCAAGGUUGCACGGCCUGAUGCUCUGGUGAUUGACAUUGACGGUGAUGCAUCUUUCAAUAUGACCCUCAAUGAGCUGCAAACUGCAAGUCAAUUCAACAUUGGCGUCAAGGUUAUUUUACUUAAUAAUGAGGAGCAAGGCAUGGUUACGCACCUUCAAACUGUGUACUAUGACAAUCGAUUCUGCCAUAGUCAUAACCAGAAUCCUGAUUUCGUCGAAGCUGCUCGGGCAAUGGGGGUGCAGGCACAGGCUUGUUCUGAAGUUACUGAGGUGGACGAGAAAUUGAGGUGGUUGUUGGAAAGUAAUGGUCCUGCCCUCCUGGAAGUCAAGGUAGCCCAAAAAGCAUUGUCUCUACCUAUGGUUCGAUCUGGGAGUGCCCUUGACGAUUUCCAAUUCUACAGCGACUGA